AUGCGUAAAAAGGAGGUCGUUAUAGAACCAGCUACUGAUCAGCGUUCUGCGGCUGCUGCCAACGAGAAGCAGAACGGUAUUGUGUCAGCUUCACUUGCCGCUGCUGUUGCUUCUGCUACUUAUCCUUCUGGUGGACAGCAUCGUGGCCAGGGUAACAACCAUAACCACCAGCUAGGCGGUUCUGGGGCCAAUACCUCUAACAACUGCCACCCGCCGGGUUCCGGCCGCCCUGAAACGACUGGUCAAACACGUGCUGGACAAACUGCCCAAAACACUCUGAGUGGUAACAACAAUAACAGUCAUCAUCAACAGCCUCCAAGUCACCAGUCUAACCAUAUUCUCUCUCAGUCCUCUCCUGCUGGGCACCAUUGCCUUCCUUUAGCCAAUCCUGCUCAGGGAGCUGGUUCGCAGAGGCAUCAGCAGUCACAACAGGUGGCAGCAAAUGCGCCUCGGACUCCAGCUCAAUUGAGCUCACUGUCUCAGCGACAGUCGGCUUUCGCCUCUGCGCAACAGCACUCGACGGCUACAGGCCACCAACAGCACAACCACAACCAGCAGCAUCAACAGCUUAACUCGCCGGCUUCUGGAACAGGCGUUCUUUCACCCGGCAACAGCACACCGACAGGAUCCAAACGCUUACCAGCCGGAGGGCACCUGGGUCCUGCUGGUAUUCGUGUAAGUGCACUUUAA